AUGAAAGAAGUUUAUGCUACUGCCAUAGCUUCACGUCUCUUCACUCUAAGUUUAGGUAUUCUAACUUAUUUGUCUACAGGAAGUUAUGAUUCCUCGGCCGAGAUUCAGUUGGGUGGUCAUGGCCUUUUAACUGCCUUCCUCAGAUGGGACGCACUUUAUUUUUUACAUAUUGCAGAACAAGGCUAUGUGUACGAACAAGAGACUGCUUUUUUUCCUUUGAUGCCAUUUUUGGCACGUCUACUAACAAACACAGUGUUUUCUCCAUUUGAAUCCAUCUUGGGAAGAAAAUACGCUUUAUUGCUAUCUGGUGUAACGAUUGCCAAUGUGUCGUUCGUUUUGGCUGCAGGUGCUUUAUAUGAGUUAACAUUGACCUUAUUACCCAAAAAAAAGGCAUUAGCCAAUGUUACUGCCAUCGCAUUCUGUCUAUCACCACCUGCUAUGUUUAUGUCUUCUUUUUAUACAGAAUCCAUCUUUGCGUUAUUAAGCUUUGUUGGUAUGAAAUGGGUUACUCAAAGAAAGUAUUUGAAAGCAGCUGUUAUUUGGAGUAUGGCUUCUGCUGCUCGUUCAAAUGCUAUCAUUUACUCGGGCUUCUUCUUUUAUGAUCUUGUUUGGUUACGGUUCAUACAUCAACGCAAGGAUUUGAUAGCAGGCCUGAUUCAAGCCAUGCUGUAUACUCUAUUGACAAUGAGUGGAUUUGGUUUGUUUCAAUAUUAUGGCUACACUCGGUUCUGUAGUUUAGAUCGACCCUGGUGUGCGGAUAAACUACCACUCUUGUAUUCUUUUGUUCAGAAAGAGUAUUGGGGUAACGGGUUUCUUUCUUACUAUGAGAUUAAGCAAAUACCCAACUUUUUACUGGCAGCCCCAAUAAUCACGAUAAGCAUAUUGGGUCUCAAGACGUUCAUUCAGUACGAUCAUUUGCGGUUCUGGACUUUAGGAGCAAGACAAACAAAAAAGCAGCCCGAAUAUGAUUCUUUUACUAGUUCCAAAUUAUCUGUCUUUAUGUAUUUGUGGCUGUUUCUAUUGUUCUUUGCUACUACAUCCAUGCAUGUUCAAGUGAUUAUUCGAUUCUUUACAUCAUUGCCUCCCUUUUAUUGGUACGUAGGACAUGUAUGGAUAGAAGGCUUUGGAUCAAACAAGCGUCCCUUUAUGGCCCAGCUUAUCCUUGGUUAUUUUGUGCUAUAUGGCUUAGUGGGGAUUGUUCUGUUUUCAAGUUUCUUACCACCAGCUUAG